AAUUUCGAGUUUUAUUCAACGUUUAAAUCUCGUGGGGGCAGUGUAGUGUCUUAAAAGAAACAAGAAACAAAACAAAAACGACCAAAUUCACACGUUCUUAAGCCUUUUACACUGGGAGUUUGUUUCCACCCGGAGAGGGAUGGACGAACACCUGAGAGCUUUCGGCUUUUUCGUUGGUUGUUUUGGAUGAUUAUCUUGGCGCGCAUGCGUGUUGAGUCUCAGGGGGGCCGGCUUAAAGGGAAGUGGACGUUGACUCGCGGGCAGCUGAAGCAGUUGUCGGAUUAUACUUGUGACUGCGCGGUCGCCGAGCGUUCGGCUGACUGGGAGGGGUGAAUUUAGGUGUCCGAUGGUUGCAUCUGGAGGAGUGUGUGAAACUCUGGCGGAAGACAGCUAUUAAGCUUCUUAUAUGGGUGAUUUUAAAGCAUUUCAGUUUUGCUUGAGUCCCACCAACGAAUCUUAACACUAUCUGUUUGGUUUUGCACUGCCAGUUCUAGGUUUGGGGAGUGUCGUUAUGGUUAUUGUUGCUCACGCGGCCUUUCUCUUAUCAUCCCUACUCUCAGAUUCCCUGGCGUAUGCAUUAGUGGACUGAGUGGGAUUAAUGGGUAAAUAUGGUGUUCUAGUAGUCUCUAAUCCUGGAUUAAAUACCAAAUUGAAAUUUCUAGCUUUUUGUAUAGUCUAUUUAGACAUUGAUUUAUUUACAGGUUGAUGACUGGAUGUUUUAAAAUCACUUGAAAUUCACAUUUUGUUUAUCAUACUCCUCCUUCGUUCCUUCUCCCCAAAGUCCCCAAAGCGGUGAAAAUUUUGUUUUGAAGUUUUACGGACUUAGAAGAAAUUCUAUUCAGAGCUGUGGGACUAGUUUUGUUGCAAAAUAUGAAAGGCUCUGAGUUUAGCCUGGAAAAGAAAAAAAGGGUUAAAAUACCAGCGAGGAGACUUCGUGAGGUAGUUUCUCCAAAUCAGGGAGAUUAUUCGGUUUUGCUCAAAGAUGAGUUGCCCUGUGUUCCUCCAGCGUUGUCUGCAAAUAAACGUCUUCCUGUUAGAACCGAGGCUAGCUUGAAGGGAACGUUAUGUGGUUCAUCAGACUUGACUUCUGCUAGAAAUUAUCUGCAGCCUCCACUAGAAAAUUCUACUGUGUCAGAAAGCGAUUUUCCUAAAGACGUUGCAGUGCAGGGGUUGCCUGUGGAUAAACUGGAAGAGAGCAACAGACAAAAAGCAAAUGACAUCUUUAUUUCUCGGUACACCAUGGGACAGAAGGAUGCUCUGAGAGCAGUUUUAAAGCAAAAAACUCAAAACAUGCCUGUUUUUAAAGAAGUAAAGGUACAGCUUUUAGAAGAUGCAGGCACAGAAAAGGACGCUGUUACUCAGGAGACUAGAACGUCACCCAGUGGAAUUGAUUCAGCCACAACCGUGGCCGCAGCAACUGCGGCUGCCAUUGCAACAGCAGCUCCGCUGAUAAAAGUACAGAGUGAUUUGGAAGCAAAAGUCAAUUCUGUUACAGAAUUACUCAAUAAGUUACAGGAGACUGAUAAACAGUUACAGCGUGUUACAGAGCAACAAACAAGUAUUCAGAAUAAACACGAGAAAUUACAUUGUCAUGAUCAUGAAAAGCAAAUGAAUGUUUUUAUGGAACAGCACAUUAGGCAUCUUGAAAAAUUACAACAGCAACAAAUAGAUAUUCAGACUCAUUUCAUUAGUGCUGCGCUCAAGACCGGUAGUUUUCAGCCUGUUAGUAUGCCUCCUUCCAGAGUGAUGGAAAAGUAUUCUGUACAACCAGACUAUUCUGAUCUUGGUAGCAGUAAUCUGUCUUCACAUAACACAUUUGCUUCCAGACAAGCACCUUCUAGAGAGGUUGAAGAUAUGGGUUUUGAUAAACAGAAAUCUCCAUUGGAGACACCAGCACCUCGAAGGUUUGCUCCUAUACCGGUUUCAAAGGAUGAUAAGAUCUCAAAGAGGGGAAAUCCCAUGGAAGAAAAAGAAAAUAUGGAGACAGUAGGUCAUUCAGGAAAUGUAAGACUAUUGGAACAGAUUUUGAAUAACCAUGAUUCUUCGACAAGAAAAAGUGAAUCUUCAGAUAAAACCUUACUAAAUAGGUCAAAAACAGAAUGGAAUCCUGAGAGCAGAGACAGCAUUGACACUCUCUCCUCUCAAAGAUUUCCUUCCUGUGAAGAACUAGGAGCAGCUAAAUUGACUGUGCAGAGUUCUGAUGAUUUUCUUCAUGAUCCUGGCCAAAAGAGGAAAGAAACAAAUGGCAUAGUCCAGCCAAAAGAGUCUCUGAUUAUGUCAAGACUUGCUGAUCUUCCACAGAAUUCCAUUAAGCUUCAAACAACCAAUAACAGAUCUGUCUUGAAAGAUGCUGAGAAGAUUUUGAGAGGAGUACAAAACAAUAAAAAAGUCCUUGAAGAAAACCUGGAAGCUAUUAUUCGUGCAAAGGAUGGAGCUGCCAUGUAUUCAUUUAUCAAUGCUCUAUCUACUAACAGAGAGAUGUUAGAGAAGAUCCGCAUCAGAAAGACAGUAGAUGAGUGGAUUAAGACUAUUUCUGCAGAAAUUCAGGAUGAACUGUCAAGAAAAGAUUAUGAACAAAAGAGAUUUGAUCAGAAGAAUCAAAGGACCAAGAAAGUUCAGAAUAUGAGUAAAGAUGUUAAAACUAACAUACAAGACAAAACGGCAAACAAUUCUAUAAUUCAAAGAAAACAUUCUCAGAAACAAAAAGAGGAGCAUUUUAGAAAUCCACUCAUGAGGAACAUUCCUGCUUCAAACUUACAGAAAGAGAGAAAAGAAGGAUUUUUAAAAGCAACCACAGUGAUACAAGAUGAGGAUUAUAUGUUACAAAUUUAUGGAAAACCAAUUUAUCAGGGCCAUCGCAGCACUCUUAAAAAAGGACCGUAUCUCCGAUUUAAUUCUCCAUCUCCUAAGUCCAAACCCCAGAGACCAAAAGUAAUAGAACAAGUUAAAGGCACUAAAGUAAAGUCAAUAAGAACACAAACUGACUUUUAUGCAAUGAAACCUGUGAAAAUGGAUUCUAAAUCGCAACACUCCAUUCCUAUGAUGCUGCCUCCUGGUGAUCAGCAUUACUUGUUCAGCCCAAGCAGAGAAAUGCCUACUCUUUCAGGUACACUGGAAGGUCACCUAAUUCCUAUGGCUAUUCUUUUAGGACAAACCCAAAGUAAUAGUGAUUCCAUGCCACCCACUGGAGUAAUUGUAAACAAGCCACACCCUGUAACAGUGACUACUUCUAUUCCUCCAUCAUCUCGAAAAACGGAAACUGGAGUAAAGAAACCUAACAUUGCAGUUAUAGAAAUGAAGUCAGAAAAAAAGGAUCCUCCUCAGCUUACCGUACAGGUGUUACCCAAUGUGGAUAUUGAUAGCAUUUCAAAUGGUAGUGCUGAUGUCGACUCAUCUCUGACUAGUCCCAAAGAAGCACGUCCUCCUGUGAAAACCUGGAUACAGAAUUCAGAAUUUAUGAAGGUAGAUGAAGAAGAGGUGAAGUUUCCAGGAACGAACUUUGAUGAAGUAAUUGAUAUCAUACAGGAAGAGGAAAAACCCGAUGAAAUUCCAGAAUACUCUGAACCAAUUCUGGAGUUUAACAGAAGUGUUAAAGUUGUUUCUACAAAAUAUAAUGGUCCUCCUUUUCCGCCAGUUGUUUCUACUGUUCAGCCCACUACUGAUAUUCUGGAUAAAGUAAUUCAGAGAAAAGAAACAUUGGAAAAUAGCUUAAUUCAGUGGGUAGAACAAGAAAUAAUGUCAAGAAUUAUCUCUGGGCUCUUUCCAAUCCAACAACAGUCCAUAGCUAAUGUCAGUGCUUCAGUCAGUGAGGCAAGUGAACCCUUGACUUCUGACAUAGUGGAAGGAACAAGCAAUGGUGCCCUCCAGCUUUUUGUUGAUGCUGGGGUUCCUGUGAAUUCAGACAUGAUUAGCCAUUUUGUGAACGAAGCUCUUGCUGAGACCAUUGCUGUCAUGCUGGGUGAUAGAGAAGCAAAAAUGCAAGGGCCUGCUGCCCCAAGUGUUUCUGGAGAUGUUUCAACAAGCAACACAUACUUGCCGGCAAGAGUGUGUACCCCAGUGCCUACCCCACAACCAACUCCUCCUCAUUCACCUUCAUCACCUCCUAAGGAGAGUGUGUUGGUAAAAACUCCAGAUUCUUCUCCCUAUGAUUCAGAUCAUGAUUUAGCUAUUCCUGUGAAAGAAAUAUUUGCUGAAAAAGGAAAUGAUAUGUCUGCCAUCACACUUGUUAAUACUCCAACAGUUACUCCUGCUACUACACCUCCUCCUGCAGCAGCUCUUACCCCAACUUUGUCAGAGAUUUCCAUUGAGAAAUUGAAGAUCUCAGGCCCAGGGUGUCCUAAGCCAUGGAGUGAUGGAGACCUGCCCCUGGAAGAAGAGAAUCCUAACUCUCUUCAAGAAGAACUUCACCCAAGAGCUAUUGUAAUGUCUGUGGCCAAGGAUGAAGAACCUGAGAGUGUGGAUUUCCCUGCUCAGCCUGCACCUCCAGAACCUCCAGUUCCUUUUAUGCCACUUUCUGCUGCCACCAAUGUCCCUUCCCUCAUACAGAUGCCAGCUUCUGAUUCAUCAACAACUGAGAGCAGCUUGAGUAUUACUGUCACUGAAACUGAGACUUUAGAUAGACCCCUCUCUGAAGGAGAGAUUUUACUUAACUGUGGUCAAAAAAUGGCUCCUAAGAUUUUAGGAGAUGGACGACUGUGUCUGACAAACCUAAACGAUAGCUUAUCCAGUACUCUGCAUGAUGCCCUUGAAAUGGAAGACGAUCCUCCCAGCGAAGGACAAGUGAUUAGGAUGCCCCAUAAAAAGACUCCUACAGAUGGAAUUCUUUCUCUUCUUGCCAAAAUGACCCAGGAGUCAUUAGUUUCGCAGCAAGCAGUCUACCCUUCAGAGGACUUGGAAUACAGUGCAGGUGAACUUAGUGAAGGACAAAGGCCCAGGCUGACAGCAGCAGCAGAGAACAUCCUACUGGGACAUUCCAUCCCUGUGCAACCACCUGCCACUAAUGCAGAGUCAUUGGAUCAAAAAUGUGCUCCUAACCCAUUAUCUCAGCAGUUUGACACAGUUACAGGUGGUGUUUAUGAAGAUUCAUGUGCUAGUCAUGGACCAAUGAGUUUGGGAGAAUUGGAGUUGCAGCCAAAUUCUAACCUUGCUCUUCCCACAACACUUUUGACAGUGCAAGAAAAUGAUGUUCAGUUAUCAGGAGCAGUUGAAGAUAAUCAUCAGUACCAACAAAAGCAUGACCAAGAUGCGAAACAAGUUGAACACAAGCCUGCACAAAGUCGUUUAAUACGUGUAAGAAGUAAAUCUGAUAUUUCACUUUCACAGCAACAAGCUUCAUCAGGUGAUACGGAUCAGACACAAAUUGAGCCCAAUCUGUACCUCGCAUCCGUAUUUACAGGUGGUAAAACAGUCCCACUUUUCACUUCACAGACGUCACCUGCCAAGAUGUCUGUGACGCUGCCCGCGGUGAAGCCGGAGGACUGCUCUCAGUCUCUGAGCGUUAGCAACGUCCAGGGGGACACGGAGUCCUCAGGAGAAGAUACCUUCUGAAAGGGAAGUGAGAACCAGCAUAAUACUUGUGCCACUGGUUUUGAAGUCAUUUUUCUCUGGCGUAAAACCAUGUCUCCGACUAUUUUGGUUUUUGAGCAUAUUCUGAAAAAUGAUUUCUAAUUUUUUGUUAAAGUAAAAAGCAUAAUGUGGGUACUUCGGUAAAAUUUUUAAAUAAAGUAAUUUAAAAUAUGAA